AUCUUAUCAGCUUCAAAAUUUUGUUUGAUCUUAAGUAGCCAACCCCUGAAAUUGCUUCCCUCAAAUCGUGGGCACUAGAUCUUGGAAUAUUCGGUAUGCAUUGUAGUUGUCAUAAGAGAACCACCCAAUUUCAUCAAUGGUUUGGUCCCAUUCACAUCCAUUGUCUUAAAAUAGUUUGACCAUCGAAGAAACUGCUUCUUUUUCAUUCCUUACUUUUGAUAUCUUCAGUGAACUCUCAAAUUUUGCAGCGAGUUGAUCAAACAUCUUCCUAAGAUCGGCACCAAUUUUCUCCGACUUAACUUGCAAAUCGUUAUGUAGUUCUUCUUGCAGUUGGGUUACAAUUUGGCUUAACUUGGAAUCCAACUAUUUUUGCAGUUAACCCAAUUCUUUCUGUGCUAUGGUGAUUACGUCAUCCGCCAUCGUCGAAUCGUCUAUUCUAAUAUCAAAUGAUAGUAGCUAAACGUAUUAAAGAAGAUAAGCUGCAACAGAAUCACUGCAUAACUUUGAUAAGAGAAAGAAGAAGAAUAAUCGAGAGAAAAAAUGAAGAAUUUUCUAUAUAUUAUAUUUCAUUUCUUGGAUUCAAUCCUUGCCAAUACACUCAUGUACCAACAUAAUAAUGACCGAUCAUAGAAUUAGCACCUCUGUAACUAAUCAAAUAUUAAUUUACUCUAACAAACACUUAAAAUAGAUUUAUGUUUAUUGGACUGGACUUAGAAUAAAAAAACCCAAUCAGCCCAACACUCGAACAGCUUGUAACACCAGAUUCGAGUCCACCGCCGAGCAGCAGUAACCAGAAUCGGAAAUUCAGAUAGGAUAAGAUGAAUGGAGAAGUCCCCAACAUAAAGAAAUGGGUAGUUUUCUAUCCUGUUUAUAUUAAUUCGAAGAAAACAGUAGCUGCGGGGAGGCGAAUCAGCUUGACUAAAGCAUGUGAAAAUCCCACUUGUGCUGAAAUAGCUGAUUGCUGCAGCCAUCUCAAACUCGCAAAUGCCAUUGAGAUUGAUAAGGCAUACCCACGCGAUUUCAUGCAAAGAGGGAGAGUGAGGGUUCAGCUGAGAAAGGAAGAUGGGACUUUAUACAAUCCAGCCAUUUCUUCCAGAAAACAACUGAUGCUUCAUGUUGCAGAGUUGAUACCUAGACAUCCUGGGAGGACUAAGAAGCAGGAAACUCCAGCCACAUCAAGUAUUGCUGGAUCUUCCAAGUCUGGGAAGAGUGGAAGAAAAAGGCGAUAGCUCCUUCAUUCCUCAUGCAACAGAAGAUCAUGGUUUUCCCUUGAACAUUUUCAAUUUCCCAUUGAGUUAAACAUCUUCAUAUGACAAUGAUUUCUGUCAGUUUAUCCAAGUGAGCUUCAGAUUAUAUGUUUCCAAACGAAUUCCUCAAAUUCUCAAUAGGUCAAUCAUUGAACCCUUGACUUUAUUGUUCUUUAGAUUUUGGCUUAUCAAAUGCUGAUUACGGGGCAUAUGGUUGUUAAAUUCAAAAAUAAAUAUAGCCAAGUACCUCACACUCUUCCUCGAGCAGUGUGUAUACCUCACAUAAACACUGUUCUAGGAAACUAUUACCCUUUUUUCAUUCUUCAGACUAUUUCCUGGUUCUUAUUCUUUGCUAAUAUUAUUGUCUGCCUGUUUGCCUUUUGCAACUAUGCGUGUUAAAUGAUGGGUGACUAUAGACUAUGGAGGCGAGUGAUAGAGUGUGGAGAUGUUUUUUUUUUUUUUGUUGAAAAACUCCUUUUAAUUGCCACACAUAGCAUUUGUUACUAACUUAUUGUAAACCUAUAUUACUUAA